UUUUUAGUGGAGUUCAUUGAACAAAAAUGAGUAAUAUACACGAUGGCCAGGGCUCCCAUGGAGGAGGCCAGUACUGCUAUAAUAACAAAAGCAACUUCAUGCAGCAAGAUAGAUAUGGAUACAAUCAGCCGCAGGAUUAUUCGGUGUAUAAUCCAAAUUUUAAUCCCCAGAUGAUGGAUAAUCAAGAGAUGAUGCGCAAAAUAAAUCCAGGAAUGCCACAAGAAGGCUUCAAUAUGGCACAUAUGGAGGGUCAAGGCAUGAAGGAAGGAGCAAAACAGAUGAAUGGGUAUCCUGUACAACAGUAUCAGUACUAUCCUCCGCAAGGCUUUGAUAAUAGAGGAAUGCCAACUCAACCUCCAGACAUUCAGAGGCAGAUACAAAAUGCUCAAAACUAUCAAGUUCAGGGCUAUCCGACAAAGACCCAGCAAUAUAGAGAGAACCCUAAUCCAGAGUUGGCAGCUCAGGAAGACAGUAUGAACAAAUCAUAUAACAAUCAACAGUCAGUCCCAAAGAGCUAUGAAGGUCACAGUCCUGGACCUCAGGCUGUCUACGACGAACAUGUUUUGACUAAGCAAGAAUAUAUAGCUCAAAAAAGAGGAAAGUACAACAAGACAGAUUUCCCAAACAAGCCACCUAGAAUCUUCUACUACAACGGAGCUGAAUACUACUUCAACACCUACACUGGCAAGGACAAGCAGUUCAUGAACUACAGGUGCAGAGAUUACAACUGUAACGGAAGUCUCAAAUUUCACUUGAAAGACUCAAGAAUGUCUCCUAAAAUCCUCAAAGACCACUAUGAACACUGAAAAGAGCUGAAAAAACCAAGAACUUUCUCAUCUACUGAAGCUCAAAGGAAGUUCGACAUCGUAGUUGAUUCUGAGCUAGAACAAUCUAAAGAUUCUCUUGAGAGUGCUGGGAACAUCUGGGAUCGUAUUUCAAGAAAGGCAAGAGAGUUCUCUGCACUUGAAAGAAAGCAUAUCUAUCCACCUGACAAAAAGCAAUUUGUUAAAAGAGUAAAACUUGUUAGAAACAGUAUGAACCCAAAGACUGCUGAUGAUAAACAGAUAUUCCAUGAUGAGGCUGGAAGAACUACAUCUGGAGAAAACUUUAUCAGGUUCUGCAACAUCUUUACUGACGAUAGAGGAAAUAAACAGCAGAAUAUCUUCUGGGCAAGCACUUCCCAAUUAACUCUAAUGGCUCAAUGAAAACAGUUAUUUGUAGAUAGCACAUACCAGAGUGUGCCUAAAUGAUUCUACCAAUUCUUGACGAUCUGUGCUUUCGACACUGACACGAACAAAUCUCACCCAGUAGGUUAUUGAAUGAUGACCUCAAGGUCAAAGGAUAGCUACAGGUCUCUGUUCAAUCACCUUAAGAUACAUAACUCAGUUUACCCGCAUAUUUUAGUGAUUGACCUAGACUCAAACCUGAAGAGUGCUUUAAGCGAAGUGUACCCAAAUGCACUGACAUAUAUUGACUUCUACAGCUUCAAGAAGUCCCUUUAUUUUAAGCUAAAGACGAUGGGAGUAAUGUCUACAGAAGCUACUGCCGAGAAGAUCCCAACAAUAUUGGAAGCCUUGAACUUGGCUCUGUUCAGGACCUAUACCGCCAAGGAUACCCUAAUACACCAGAUUGAUAGAAUGCAUAGCGAAUCUGGUCCAGAGUUUGACGAAUUCUUUGAGAGCUUAAAAGCCUUUGUAGUUGACAACACAGAUGCUCUCAAAUAUGGAUCGGUAGUGAUGGUAUAUAACUCUAUCCUUGAAGAGAUUUACCUCAGAAUCCAUAAGAAGAUCGGGUCGAAACCCAGGCUUGCCAGCUUCAUUCAAGCCCUAAGAGAGGAAGAGAAGCAUUACAAGAUGAUUUAUGAGUCACUGAAAGAGAAAUGUGACCCAAAGGAAUUCUCAAACAUCAAGCUUGAAGUACAAGAUCCUGAAUUUGAUUUUGAAAACCAACCUGAUAGCACCAACAAUCCUCGCAGAAAGAUAUUCUUCAUUGACACAGGAGACAAUGAAGACGACGAGAUUGAAGAAAGAUAUUACAGUGACAGAUCUAACUCCAAAAAGAACAUUGAAGUUUUACAAAGAGUUAAACUUGAGCGUCUCAAAAGAAUGGAAAAACUAGAAGCACCAAACCCAAAAGACUUCAAGUCAGAGGAAGAGUACAAGAAGGCAGUCAAGGAUUAUAAGCAAAACAGCUGGAUUGAGAAGUACUACGAUGAGCAUGGUAAUGUCUAUGUCAGGGACAAAACCCGUACAACCUCCGACGGAAAGUCCUUUGUUGGUCGCAAGAAGGGUAACAGAGUCUUCAUCAGCACCAACUGUCCUAACAAAGAACGACUUGAAGAAAUCAGAGAGUAUAGUCGUGAAGAAAUGCGGAGAAGAGGCAAUCAGCCCUACAGGGAAGUCAAGCUUGAAGAUUACGACUACAGCACUCUUAAUACCCACAUCAAGAGCGAAGACGGCGAAAACCUCUAUGUUGGCGAUGGCUAUGAGGAGUCCAGAGGUAGCAAAAGAGUCUUUGACGUAAAACAAAUGGAGAAGAAACCUGAUAUCCUCGAAGAUUUUAGAAGAAAAAUCGAGCUCAAAAAACAAAAGAGAGAAGAAGAGCAAGCACUUAAAGAAGAAAAUGAGAGAAAGAACCAAGAAGAAUUUUUGAAUAAGAAGAAAAUCACUAAGACUUCUAUUUCUAAGAUCCCCAAAGGAAGUCUUUCUAAAUCACUUCAAAAGACAAAAGAGAAGGAGGUUGAGCCUCAGAAGGAGGAUAAGAAAAAUGCUGAGAAAGAAGUUUCAGAAGAAGAGUCUCCAAAAAAAUUAGAGAAAAAGAAGACACCUCCUAAGAAGAAAGAGAAAUCAAAAAAGUUUAAAUUUGGUAAUAAGAAAUUGGUACAAGGAAGAUUAGGAGAUUUGGUAGAAUCUAAGGCAAAGAAGGCUAAAAAGGGAUCUGAAAGAUCCGCUUCAAACUCUAAGUCUAGAUCAAGCUCCUCAAGUUCAUCAUCAAGUUCUUCCUCACAAUCCUCAUCCUCAAAAUCAGAAAACGAAAAACCCACCUCUAAGUCCAAAAACAAGCCCCAAACCUCCAAAACAGCUUCAAAAACCUCUAAACCCACUACAAAGGGUCAAAAGGGCAAAAAGGCUAAACCACAACCUGCCUCAAAGCGUCAGACAAGAUCAAAAUCUGGUUCGCAAACUCGUAAAAAAUCAACAAGAAAUCUUCGCUCCAAGAAGCCUAGCCAGGACAACGCUGAAGAGAGAAUUGAUCAUGAGCAGAAAAUGCCUGAUAAUGAAAUGACUAGGAAAUUACGCACCAGAAAAGGAUUUAAUCCUGUAAAAUAAUUUUGCCAACAUUUUUCCAUAUUUUCAAUUUUGUCGAAAUCUU